GGAAUUUCGGGAUCGCGACUCGUUUGAAAAGCUGCCGCCUAGGGCUGCAGCCAUUGGUCGACGCCUCGACCAAUCGUAACGCGCGAGGGCUCCCGAACCUGUUUCCUUUUUUUAAACUCCGGGGGGGUCGACGCACUCGAAAAUCGGGGCGCAAUUCGAGAAAGUGUGCGGCUGCUUUCGGUAGAUACCGAACCGCCGAGAAAGCAGGGAUCGUUUAAACGCCUCCAUCCGUUAAUUGCUGGUCAUUUUAAGUCGUCUUGAGGGUGGAUUCACUUCGCUGCUUGUCAGAGGAGGACCAGGGAGAGACCAGGAUAGCUUUCAACGGAAGAGGAGAGAUCGAGAAAUAUGGAGAACGGCAAGAACAGGGACGUCGAUCCGGAAACGGUCGAGUUGAAUCCUCUGAGGCGAACCAGGUUCCACGUGAACCGGGUCGACAGCCUCGAAGGACGAACCAGCCUCCUGGGGGAACAGGAGACCCGAAAAUCUCUGAGGAACAUGACCAGGGAGGCGCUACCGAGGCUCGAAAAUUACAGGAACAUCUUGAGCAUCCAGGCUGCCCAUAGGCCGACCCUUGACGAGCUCCACAAUCCCACUCUAAUUAACAAGGGGAUCGGAGGUCACUCCAUUUCCAUCCCGGAGACCAAGCACCCCCCUUCCGGGUUCAAGUUUGGAUGGAUCCAGGGAGUGUUGAUGAGAUGCCUCCUCAACAUCUGGGGCGUGAUGCUCUUCCUGCGUCUCUCUUGGGUCGUCGCUCAAGCCGGCGUGGGGGAAGCCGUCCUUCUGAUCAUGACGACGACGGUCGUCACGACUAUCACCUCGCUCUCCAUGUCCGCGAUAAGCACCAAUGGUCUCAUCAAAGGAGGUGGGACUUACUACAUGAUAUCCAGAUCGCUUGGACCGGAAUUCGGUGGCUCGAUAGGACUUAUCUUCUCCUUGGCGAACGCCGUUGCCUGUGCCAUGUACGUCGUCGGCUUCUGCGAGAGCAUGGUCGAUUGUCUCAAGUCCAAUGGGGUGUGCAUCGUUGACUGCGAUAACACCGACAUCAGGAUAAUAGGGUGUAUAACCAUCGUCCUUUUGCUGAUGAUCGUCAUGGUCGGCCUCGAGUGGGAAGCCAAGGCUCAGAUCGGGCUCCUUAUCAUCCUUCUGGUGGCCAUCGCAGAUUUCACCAUCGGCACCUUCAUAGGACCCAAGAACGAUCUGGAGAGGGCCAAGGGAUUCGUCGGAUACAGCGCCGAACUGUUCAAGGAGAACUUCCAUCCUGACUAUAGAUACAGCGAGGGCGUGGAGCACAACUUCUUCUCGGUCCUGGCGAUCUUCUUUCCAGCAGCGACUGGGAUCCUGGCUGGUGCCAACAUAUCCGGUGAUUUGAAGGAUCCCGAAUCGGCUAUACCUAAAGGAACGCUGCUGGCAAUUUUCUUGACUACCUUGUCGUAUUUAAUGAUGGCUCUGAUGGUCGGUGGAUCCGUCCUGAGGGAUGCCACCGGUGACGUUAACGAUAUUAUCAAUGCCUUCAAUAAGACGCAGAUUAUCCAGUCGAUCGUCAAUGCGGAGAACGAGACCAUCGUGGAAAACGUAACAACGGCUAUUGAGAAUUUUACCGUCUCCGAGAGACCCUGGAGUAUCUUUGGUACAGACUUCAACUGUACCGGCGGCUGCCAUUACGGUUCUCAUAAUAGCUUCCAGGUAAUCGAGCUAGUUGCCGCCUUUGGGCCUUUUAUUUAUGCAGGCUGCUUUGCGGCCACUCUUUCGAGUGCCUUGGCAUCUCUUGUGUCAGCUCCCAAGGUUUUCCAGGCUUUAUGCCUGGAUAAGCUGUAUCCUGGGAUCGAUUGGUUCAGCGGAGAAAGAGGGAAGGAACCCGUCAGGGGAUAUCUUCUCACUUUCGUUAUUGCCGUUGGUUUUAUAUUAAUCGGGGAAUUAAACGCCAUCGCACCGCUGAUCUCCAACUUCUUCUUGGCCGCUUAUACCCUAGUCAAUUUUAGCACUUUUCAUGCCUCUUUGGCGAAACCGAUCGGAUGGCGACCCACCUUCAAGUACUACAACAUGUGGCUUAGUCUCCUUGGCGCCAUCCUCUGCGUUUCUGUGAUGUUUCUGAUCUCAUGGUGGACAGCCUUGAUCACUUUAUCCGUCGUUCUAGGAUUAUAUCUUAUAGUAUCGUAUAGGAAGCCCGAUGUUAAUUGGGGUUCGACCACGCAGGCGCAAACGUAUAACAACGCCUUAACCGCCGUGCAACAGCUCGACAGGGUGGAAGAACACGUGAAAAAUUACAGACCGCAGCUUCUGGUACUUUGCGGAUCACCAAGCGCCAGAGCCACGUUGGUCGAUUUCGCUCAUCACAUAUCUAAAAAUCAAAGUCUACUUGUCUGCGGUCAUAUCGUCGAGAGUGCCUUGUCGCAUAAGACCCGUUCCGCGAUGGUGGCCAAAUGCACCGCUUGGUUCAGGACCAACAAGAUUAAGGCCUUUUAUAGUUUAGUCGAUGGAACCAGUUUCCAAGACGGGGCCACGUCUCUGCUGCAAGCGUCCGGGCUCGGGAAGCUGCGACCUAAUAUCCUGCUGAUGGGCUACAAACAAGACUGGGCCACUUGCCCGUGGGAUAACUUGAACAUGUACUUCAACGUUAUGCAUAAAGCAUUGGACAUGCACGUAGCCGUCGCUCUUCUGCGCGUCAGCGAAGGCCUGGACUCCAGCGGGACUUUGGAAGACGUCGAAGAUCAACGGAAACCAUCACCUACGACUAUUCCUGGGAACCGAAGUUUCUCACAACUUAGUCAAGCCAGCAGCGUCUCGGAUGUUUCCAUGCCGGGGAGUCCUCCUCUGGGAAGGUCGAAGGAGAUUAAUGAUUCUCCAAACCCGGCGAGGGAGGAAAGGCGCGAACAGAAGCAGAACAUCGUCGGGAUUCCAAAAGAUGUUGUUAACGUAAUGACUAAGUUUCAAAGGAAGCAGAAGAAGGGGACUGUAGAUGUCUGGUGGCUCUACGAUGACGGGGGCUUGACGCUUCUCUUGCCGUAUAUUAUCAGUACUAGAAGGAACUGGGCGAACAGCAGAUUGAGGGUGUUCGUUUUGGCGAACAAGAACUCGGAAUUGGAGUACGAGCAGAGGAGCAUGGCGAGUCUCCUGUCGAAGUUCAGGAUAGAUUAUUCCGCUCUGAAGGUGAUCCCUGAUAUUUCAAAGUCAGCUCAGCCGAAAACGAGGAACUUCUUUGAUCUGUUGAUCGCGGAUUUUCAACAGACGGCCACGACACAGAAUGUCGAUGAAGCUAGGAUAACGGAAUCCGAACUUCUUGCUAUGAAUGAUAAGACUAAUAGGCACCUACGGUUGAGGGAGCUGCUCCUCGAAAAUUCUAUGGAAGCCAAUUUGGUUGUCAUGACCUUGCCGAUGCCGAGGAAAGGCGCAGUUUCAGCCCCACUUUACAUGGCUUGGCUGGAAACGUUAACCCGCGACAUGCCACCUUUUCUAUUAGUCCGAGGAAAUCACACGUCCGUUUUAACCUUCUAUUCUUGAGCCAACGAAAUCUGGUGCCACGUAAUGGAAAAGAGGACACCUUUCAAUAACGUUCGGAGAAACGACCGAAACAUAAUUUCGUAAGGAAUAAGUAGAACAAUCAUCUUGCAAUUGCGUAACUUAUCGGGACUCUACGUGUCCUCUUGGACUGACUUGAAAAAGAGAAACACGCUUUACAUAAUCUGCGACCUACUAUUGCCAAGUCGUGACGUUUUAAACUCAUGACGAAGAUAAUCCAUUUUUUACCGCGAAUUUUACCGAGUAAUUUAAGAGAUGAACAUAUGUAUACCCUCCCGCAUUUUAUGGGCACUUUUCUUACUAACAUAUUUAUAGUAACGAGUGUAAGUACAUGUGUAUAUUUUCCUAAAAGAAUUUACAUCGCAUUAAGGGGAGCGACAGUGGUAUCGAGAAUAUCAGUCUUGUAAUAUUUCGAGGAUUAAUAUCCCGAGUGUCAUUAGAGAUACUUAAAUGAGGUCGUACGUUUGCGCGUAUUUUUUAUCGAUACAUUUAAGUAGACGUUAAAAUUCACAUAACUGGAGAGCUUUCAUUACUUAAGUUUCGAACCUCAGUAUGGUUAGAAUACGUGCGAAUUCUGAUUAACAUUUAAUAAGCAAUAUAGGUACGAAUCUCUGGCUAACAAAUAGGUGCGGUUAUAGAUUGGAUACGAGGUAUUACUAGUAUCUUAGUGAGAAAUUUCUGGACAUUGAAAAUGAGCUCUAAAAAUAUUUAAUCUCACGUGCGUCACGAAAGUGAUAUACUCGAAAAAUGGUAUUACUAGUGCAGUCAAGAAUUACGGUCAUUAAACAUAAUUAGUACCUAAUUGUGACUUAAAAGUCCUAUCUGCAUUAACCGAUGCCGCUCAAACGUGCUUCCCCAACGACAUUGUCAUUGCAAUAACAAAACUGAUUGUACAGCUUAGUCACCCGGACACGUAUUAAUCUUAGCCGUUCUAAAGGCUUAACAAUUGUCCGUCCAUCGCAAAUCUUGACUUCUAACGUAUCGCUGGAACUAGGAAUAUCAUCUGGAGCGAAUCGACUUAGGGUAAUUGUUUUAAUACGCUCCAACGCUAUCGGGUAUAUUUAGAAAGAGUCAACAGCGCCUCCUCGAGGCGCACUAACGUACUUCCGAGCUAGUAUUCGCGAUAUUGCGAAAGAUAGUCUGGAACCGUUCGGGAAAGCGUAGAAAUCGCCGGGUUUCGUCACUGCCCGAGUGCAUGGUCAAUGAUGACGGCAAAACUCUGAUCAUUUGGUUUCCCUCGUCGCGAUUACGCCAGGGAACUGUCGUAUUAACUGUUGAGUAACUCCUGCCAAUGGGUUACAAGCUGCGAACGCGUUCGUAACAAUCCUUUGUGCACUUUACUCUCCAUUGGGGCUCGGGUACUCGCCUUGGCAGCUUUCUACUCAUCGCCGGCAAGGCGAGGCGAGAUUCUAACAAAGGCACGUAUUUUUCGAGCAGUGAUUAACACCUGGAUACGGAUAAGAAUGCAUGCAAACUCUUCGGCCUCGCGUCCACGUCUCUGGGAAGAAAGAAAUCGCUCUAGCUGGAAAAGAAGGGAAAUUAAUUGGAAGUGUCUCUUAGACUUCGUCCUCCGAGCGGGCUAUUUAUAAAUCGUCUUCUAGAAUAAAUUACAUUUUUUUUCUUC